UGUAGCAAUGAAAACAUCUACUGAAGACAGUCUAUGCCGAAGACUCAUUUCAGCAUUUCUCCUAGACACACACACAUAACCAGACACACCUCCCCUAACUCCUCCUACAGUCAGAACUUGGAGCAGAGAGUUGCCUCCCACUCUAAACCACUCCAGUGAGUUUCAGUCGAACUGUCCACAGACGCUCAGGAAACCAGCCGUGGAUAGAAAUCAUCCACAGUUUAGAUCUCGCAUUUUUUUUAGCUGUAACAUAGGCUAGACCGUCAGCAGCACAUUGAUAUGCAGGCAUAAAAUGUAGCGGUCACUGUGCAGUGAAAGUCGUCAUCUAUUUGUAUUUCAGGAGUGCUAAUGUAGUCCUAAAAGAUAAUUUAAAAAUCGUAUUAUUACAUCAAGAUGAAGCCUUAAAUCGUCCAAUCCUCACCCUGAAACUACCGAUUAUUAGUCCAACAAUUCCUGUGAAGAUGGACUGCAGCACUCCUUAAGUGACGAGACGAGAUGGGAAAAUGGGAGUUAACCAUGAACCCAGUGCAGGAAUGGGGAGAGGAGUACGAAGGCGGUGCAGUGUACGGGGUCACCCUGCGUCGGGAGCCCGUCCCCCCCUCCUCCUCGGGCCCGAGAGACACGAGUCAAUGCUGUGCUUUCGUCCAGUACCGAACCUGCAAGGUGCGGCGCUUGAAGGCUGCUAACCUGAACAUUCUUGUAAAUCAGCUCCUUACCUCUGGCUGCCAGGAGCAGGACUACAGCAGGAUAUUCCUCUCCACAUACAGAACCUUCACUGGAACGUCAAAGCUCAUAGAGAUGCUCUUCCAGAGAGAAAGUGCUGCCUCUGAUCUUGACAACAGUGAAUACUACAGAAGCCCUCUGUUGGCCUUUGUCCAGACAUGGUUGGAUGAGUACAGUGAGGACUUCAGGGACUCUCCUCUGCACCCAGCACUGAGGCUGCUGUUGGAUCAUCUGAGGAUCAGCUCUGCCGUUCAUGACAACAUCCGCUGCCAGCCCAACUUUUGCUCAUUGGCUGGUCAAGCUGAAGCUCUGCUGAUGAGAUUUCAGAAUGAAGAAGCUGAGACACACCUCAGUCCUGCUCAAGCUGAUACUGAGGAGGGCUCUGCUGAUGAGGAUUCAGGAUGUGACAAUUCCCUGGAUCAAGGCGGCAUCAUGGAUUUCUCUGCUGCCGCAAUUGCUGAACAACUCACCCGAAUGGACUCUGCUCUCUUUGUCAAAGUGGUGCCCUACCAGUGUAUGGGCUGUGUUUGGUCGCAAAGAGACAAAAAAGAAAACAUGUCUCCCACAAUCAGAGCCACCAUCGCACAGUUCAAUGCCAUUGCCAACAAUGUCAUCAUGUCGUUGCUCUGCAAACCAACGGAUGCAACCUUCAGCCCUCCUUCCUCUCGUCGAACUCCCACUACACCAGCUCAACGGGCCCGCAUCAUAGAGAAGUGGAUCAGAGUAGCACAGGAAUGCCGUCGGUUGAAGAACUUUUCCUCUCUCAAGGCGAUACUAUCAGCUCUUCAGUCCAAUGCAGUUUACAGGCUGAGAAAGACCUGGGCUGCUGUUAGCAGGGACAGCAUGGCCACGUUUGAUAUCCUCUUGGAAACCUUCCCUGAUGAGAACUGUGUCCUGACCAACAGAGAGCUCCUGGUGGAGGAUAGAGGCCAAGCCACGGUGGAUACUGUUUCUCCAAAGAUAUCCAAGCGAAGUUCAGUCAAACAGAUGAAUACUUCCAGUGGAUUGGUUCCUUACCUGGGGACAUAUCUGACAGUCCUCACCAUGCUGGAUACUGCUCUACCAGACACAUUGGAGGGUGGGCUCAUAAACUUUGAGAAGAGGAGGAGAGAGUUUGAGGUUCUGUCACAGAUCCGUUUGUUGCAGACUUCCUGCUCCCAGUACAGCCUGCCCAAUUAUCCCAGAAUCGCUGCCUGGCUGCAGGGACACAAGCUGCUCACCGACCAGGAGAGCUAUGAACUGUAGCAGCUGGAGCCUCCAGUGGACUCCUGCUCACCUACUCCAUGGAGCCACCGCACACUCACAAAGAAACUCUCCUCUCUCCUGAACGUUAGCGAAGGAUCUAAAAAAGUCCCAGCUGAUCAGAUCAGUGUGUCGUCUUCUGGAUCCAGUGCAUCUGAGUUGGAAGAUCUCUCUUCUCCAAACUCGGCCUGUUCCAUCAGACUGCAGUCCUUCCACAACUCUUGCAACAACGUCUCAGAAUCCUUCCACUCCUCCUCGUCCUCCUCUUCUUUUUCGUCCUGCUCUGCCGAGUCCUCUUUGGAUUCCCCCACUCCUUCUAGCUCCUCCUCAGACUGCCAGACAGAUCACAGCAUGCCAGCAACGCCCUGUGUCGAUACACGUCUGAAGCCCGCUCUGGCUUCCCACCACAAACGCUCAGUGUCCAUGACCUCCCUGCCGGUGUAUAACCGCCAAGUGGCUGACUCUUGUAUAGUCAUGGUGAGCGUGGAUAUGGGCCAGAAUAACGGAAAUAUGUACAAAAGCAUCCUGCUGACCAGCCAGGACAAAACUGCUCAGGUGAUCCAGAGAGCACUGGAGAAACAUCACCUUGAGCACAUGAACUGGCGUGACUUCACUCUGUCACAGGUCAUCACCCAAGAAAGAGAGUUGCUCAUACCGGACAAAGCAAAUGUCUUCUAUGCUAUGUCCACAACAGCAAACUUUGACUUUGUUUUGCGGCAAUUCCACAAAUUCCAGAAGAAACCACUGAGAGCGACAUCUAGCCUUGGGAGAUACUCAAAGUAGAAGUUCAUGUCUGGUGAUUCUACACCUGGAAGAUGGAAUGAAUUGAUGGGACACUGCUUGGAAAUUAUUUGUACUUUUUGUGUUUAAAAAAAAAAAGGAUUGGUCUCCAGGAUGGCUUAUCCUUUUUAGUUACCAAAUGACUAAAUAUGACUUUUUUAUUGUACCUGAAAAGAUGAUGCUAAGCACUUUAACAAGAAGAAGAAUGUUCGACUUGAUGGAAAGAAAUGGAACGUAAUGAAAACCUCUGGAUCACACAUGCUUUUAGUUCCUGUUGGGGAAAAACAGACUCCUAAAGACAUAUGAGUUGGUGGUUAAUGUGUGGAUCCAUGUGAAAACAACAAUUGAUUUUUCCGAGACUGCAGCUACAUGUAGGUGUCACUUCCAAUAACUCACAGGGCAUGAACAUGCACUCCCCCCAGAGAGCAACACGUGCCUACAUCACCGAUCUAUUUAUACAUGAACACUUUGAAAUGGCUGGCCAUUUCCUUACACAGCUGGCAGCCACCAACAACCUAUGUGUUAAAAAAGGGAAUGGGGGUUAGAUGCAGUGUGAAGGCCACACAAACUCUUGGGAUACCUUGGCAGGUUGUCACCCUCUCGAGAGGUUGGUUCGCUUAUGUGCGGCUGCUCAGAUGCCAUCUGACAAGUGGGCGGGGACUUUUAUCACCACGGAUCACAGUGUUCUCAGUGAAUUUCAGCACACAGUUGCUGUGACACUGAUCGUGUGCAGCCGGCAACCCCGACUGGAAGGAUGGCAUUCCUGAGCCCGUGUAACCAUGGUGGCAGUCGAUUCUUUGACAGAUGGAACAGGAUGUACACAUGCAGAUUGGAACUGUAUCUCAAUGAUAGGGGUGACCUCUUUGUGCCCUUGAUUUUCCUGCUUUGACUUAAAAGCUUGACUUUUAAAAUAGAAAAUGUUCCUAUUUCUUAUAUUUAUUUUCACUGUGGUUCCACUGUGGUUCACCUUACUGUUGAUUGCAGCUUUUGAUUAGCACAUUGUGGUGACUCACUAGUUCGCACUUCACUAGUUUGAAAAUAUUUUAAAAAACCUCAACAAAAAUGUUAUUGUGAAGCCAUUUUGGUUCUAAUUUUAGAUGUCUUACUUUCACAUGAUUUAUGAGAAUACUUAAAAUGUAAAUUACUUUUUUUUAUUUUACUGAAGAUGUAUCUAAGAAUAACAAUUCAGACUUGCAUGGGCUUGAUGUAACUGGUGCUCAAAUGGCUUGAAUUUAAGCUGAAGGAAGAUUUAACAAUUCAGUGAUGUCUAAUGAUACCGAUAGUCUAAUGACAUUGUUGAUAGUGAUCAAAUUUUCAAGUAGGGGAAGAUUGCUAAGUUAUCUGACAUGCUAAGAAGUCCUUUUGGAGUGUCAGUGAGUCAAAAGUCUUUCUCAAGAGCAAAAAUAACAGAUGACUCAAGUCUCUUUGAGCUCCUUACUUUAAAUGUACCAAGGGAACUUGAGAACUUUCUCAAAACAUACUUCCUUGGAAACACUCAUGAAUAAUAAUCUUAAGAAUCACUGCGUCGGUUGACCUGUGUAUUUAAUAAAGAUAAUUAACAAUAUAAAAGGAAGAAUAAACACUAUACAAGAGAAUACAGGAUUUGAUUUGCAUUGCCUAUCUGUAUUGACAACUACCCAAUAAAUACCUUUUCAGCCCUA